AACCGCAUAAUAUUGAAGUCGCAUGACAGUAACAAUAAUUGUAAUAACAAUAAUAAAUAAUUAUACACUUAAUAUUGAAUCACUUGACUUAUCUGCACCACCACGCCGACCGACAGACAGGUUUAAUAUUGCUGUCUGCAGUGUAUACACGCAUGUCAAUAAUAUUCUGGGCCGACAAAACGAACUCAUAGAAAACAGUAUAUUAAAUAUUAUAACAAUAUAUAUUAUAUUGUCAUAUAGGUACUCAUAUCUACUCUGCAACUAUACACAACAGUCAUGUGGCGUAUGGAAAAUGCUUAUUUAUUGUCAGCUUUCAAGACGAUAUCCUUCUUAUAUGAUGUCAUAACAUAUCCUGUGUACUUAAUAUUACAACAGCCAUGGAAUAAGAAGUAUAAGUCUAAGCAAAUAAAAUCUGAUAUUACCAAAUUUGACGAUCACACGAUUAUCAUUAAAACCUUAAGUAAACCUACAUCUAAUCAUCUUACUCUAGUCAAAGAUAAGAUAGAUACGUUACAAAAAGUAUUUCAGUAUGCUGUACAUAAAUAUACUGAUUCAUAUUGCCUGGGUACUAGAGAUGUACUUGCUGAAGAAGAUGAAGUGCAACAAAAUGGAAGAAUUUUCAAAAAAUAUGUCAUGGGAGAUUAUAGAUGGAUGACAUUUACAGAAGUGGACAAGGCAUCUGAUAAUUUUGGAAAUGCUUUAGUCUCUCUCGAUCAAAAACCUAAAGAAAAUAUAGCAAUAUUUGCUGAAACAAGGGCUGAAUGGAUGAUAUCUGUUCAAGGUUGUUUCAAACAAAAUAUACCUGUUGUAACAUUAUAUGCGACCCUUGGAGAAGAUGCAAUAGCACAUGGUAUAAAUGAAACUGAGGUGACAAUUGUUAUUACUUCACAUGAUCUGUUACCAAAAUUUAAAAAAAUUUUACAACUUACUCCUCGAGUUAAAACAUUGAUAUACAUGGAAGAUCAAUUAGCUGAGACAAACACUAGUGGCUACAAAGAAGGAGUUGAAAUAAUAUCAUUUAAAUCUAUUUUGAAAAGAGGGUCAGAAUACACAGUUACAGAAAAACAUUUACCAAUAAAAAGUGAUAUUGCAAUAAUCAUGUACACUAGUGGAUCAACUGGCGUUCCUAAAGGAGUUAAUUUAACACAUACUAAUCUUAUAUCCACGCUCAAAGCUUUUACUGAUGCUAUUGAUAUAGAUUACAAGAAAGACGUAUUUAUGGGAUAUUUACCAUUAGCGCAUGUAUUUGAAUUGCUUGGAGAACUUGCUUGUUUAUUAUGUGGAAUUAGAAUUGGAUAUUCUACACCAUUAACUAUGAUUGAUACAUCUAGUAAAAUCAAACGUGGUACAAAAGGUGAUGCAGCUGUAUUAAAACCAACUGUCAUGACUGCAGUUCCUCUCAUAUUAGAUCGUAUCUACAAGGGUAUUAAUGAAAAAGUUUCUAGUGGGACUAUAUUACAAAAAACGUUAUUCAAAUUUGCAUUUGAAUAUAAAAGAAAAUGGAUGGAACGUGGAUUUCAAACUCCACUAAUAAAUAUGUUUGUAUUUAAAAAGACAAGUGCAUUAUUGGGAGGUCGUAUACGUUUCAUCCUAUGUGGAGGAGCUCCUCUGUCACCAGAAACUCAUACACUUAUCAAAAUUUGCCUGUGUGAAAUCGUUCAACAAGGUUAUGGACUAACUGAGACUAGUUCAUGUGGAUCAGCAAUGAGCCGGGAUGAUAUGUCAACUGGUCGAGUUGGAGCUCCACUAACGGUUAAUGAUUUCAUGUUAGUCAGUUGGGAAGAAGGUAGCUACAGGAUAACAGAUAAGCCAUAUCCAAGAGGUGAACUUAUCAUAGGUCAGUUAUUAAUUAAUUUAUGUGUAUAAUUUAUAUAUGUUACGGGCAAUGUGAACUACGAUGUUUUUUUUYCAACUAAUAAUAUUGACCGAAUAAACAAUAAUUCAUUAUAUUAUAUUACAGAUCGUAAAAAAGAUUUGGUAAAAUUGCAAGGCGGUGAGUAUGUAUCUCUUGGUAAGGUUGAAUCACAACUAAAAACCUGCCCAGUCGUUGAUAAUAUAUGUAUUUAUGGAAAUCCAUAUCAUAUGUAUACAAUUGCAUUGGUUGUACCCAACAGACAUCACUUGAUAGAUAUGGCUAAAAAAUUGAAUAUUGAGAGUACAAAUGAAAUUAGUAUUGAAGAAUUGUUUUCCAAUAAGAAAUUGAAGAAAGCAGUUGCCGAUGAGUUAACUGCCCAUGGUAGAAAAAAUAAACUUGAAAGGUUUGAAAUACCUACAGAAAUUAUAUUGUGUAAUGAUGUAUGGACACCAGACAAUAAUCUAGUGACAGCUGCUUUCAAAAUCAAACGAAGAGAAAUAUAUGAUAAAUAUAAAGUCCAAAUUGAUAAUUUGUAUCAAUUUUGAUAACAUUUAUUAAUUGAAAAAAAAAGGAAGACCAAAACUACUAAAUUUGAUAUUACUUUUAGAGUAUGUUUAUUUUACCAAAAGCAAUUAAUUAAUUUUAUAUAAUAGUAUUUUAGGAUGUAUACA